UUUGAAUUUGCUUGAUUACAAGCAUCUAAGUUGAUUUGGUGAGAUGCCGGUUUACAGCCCUUCAUGAGUGGUUUCAUUUCCUCGCUGCUGAUCCAAAUUGGAAUACGAUCCCCCCUACCACCCCAGCCGAGCAGCCAACCAAAUGACGACCAAGCUAAAUCCCACCUGAGCGAACCGACAAACCCCCCGAGUGAUAGUAAAGACCAUAAAUUUGUUUCUCUGCGGGGCCAAGAUCACAGACAGAAAUCGAACUGCGGAGAUGCGGGUGCGGGGUCCCUGCAUAGCCCUCCUUUCUUCACAACCCUACCGAAAGAGAUGGAUGGCCGAAACUUGCAACCGGAGGGCACUCGAUCAGUGACCCACAACACACCCGGAUCCAUCCAAAACAUAGCUGCGACCACAGAUGGCUCAUUUGAUCCCACAAAUGAAAUCGACGUCAGCUUGCAGCCGGACAGUUUAGGGAAUUCACAAGCUUCACACCCCAGCGACACGCUGAACUCGCAUAAUGAGCCACAGUAUGCAGCUUCAGCAAUAGCCAUCGGCGAGCCUCGGCGAUCUUUGGACGAUGCCUUUGAUCCGGAGGGACUGGCACGGUCUUCGCUUCCGGCGGAUGAUGGGAUGGGGGUUCUAAGAAGCAAGAUCAUCGCAAUCAGGGAGUUGCGGCUCACCAAUGUUGAAAAAGCGCGAAUGGUUCACGGUCUGAUGACAGAAGGUUACAACUCGUCCCGUGAGCUCCCAAGCAUCCCUGGCAUGGGGGUAUUCUCAACUCCAUCGAGCCCACCGAGCUUGGAGCUGCCAACAAGCCUGAGGACUCCCCAGACCUCGGAGAUCAAUACCUCUAGACCGGACUCACCAUACUCCGAAUCAGUUCCUCUAUACGAGAGCACCUUCAAUCUCACACCGGAAGAUCUGCAGCCCACUUUCGUACCCAAGACAGAAACAGAACCACCAGAAAUUGAAACUGGGGAUGAAGACGGUGACACAGAGGAACAAGAAGAGACUACUCUGGGAUGUGUGCAUUAUCACCGCAAUGUGAAACUCGAGUGCCACACUUGCAAAAAAUGGUAUACCUGCCGCUUCUGCCAUGACGAAGUGGAAGACCACUCUCUCGUUCGUCGAGACACCGAAAAUAUGCUUUGUAUGCUAUGUGGGCAUGCACAGCCUGCAGCGCAGAACUGCAGCCGGUGCAGCGAGCAAACUGCACAAUAUUAUUGCGAGAUUUGCAAGCUCUGGGAUAACGACAGCAAAAAGAGCAUCUAUCAUUGCAGCGACUGCGGUAUAUGUCGAAUUGGACAGGGACUGGGGAAGGAUUUCUUCCAUUGCCAGACAUGCUCUGUUUGUCUUCCUAUGUGUAUUGAGAACACCCAUCGUUGCAUUGAACGGUCCACCCAGUGUGACUGUCCCAUAUGUGGCGACUACAUGUUCACUUCUCCAGAAACCGUCGUCGUCAUGCGAUGUGGGCACAGCAUACACCACAAGUGUCUCUCAGAGUACUCCAAAAGUUCCUUCCGUUGUCCCCUUUGUAGCAAGACCAUUACCAACAUGGAAUCGACAUUCAGAAACCUGGAUCGCACUAUCGAGAGCCAGCCUAUGCCCGACGAGUUCAAGGAUACCAAAGGGCUUAUUUACUGCAACGAUUGCGGUUCGAAGUCAGUUGUCAAGUACCAUUGGCUUGGUUUAAGAUGUGAUUUAUGUGAGUCGUACAACACGGCCCAACUUCGCAUUUUGCAUGGAGAUAUGUCUGCUCAACUCGAGGAAGACUCUGGAGAAGACCUCCUUCCUCGGCCUCGAUCAUCUUCACUCAUUGAAAACGAUGACUCGAUGUCGUCUUCCAUGGCGACAUUAAAUGUCAAUAACACAUCGGUUCCUCGUUCACGGCUCAGUGUCCCUAUGUCCCCCGAACCCGUUAGACGAUUCUCAUCCUAUAACAUCACACGAGGUCGUGCUGUCUCGCCCGUCGUCAGCAACUACUUUGGACUGCCGACUGAGCGUGAAUCAGAGAAACCUUCGUCUAUGCCUUUCUUUGGAGGUCCAUCUCGUGGCGAGAAUGAGGACUACGGUGCAUUGAACUUUUUAAGCAAAAAGCUUACAUACCGAUAUGGAUUGUUUGGUGGUGAGGCUAAAUCAACUGAAAACGUAUUGGAAGCCAAGAAUGAAGAUGACGACGGAGAGUCUUCUGACUCGGCUGGAUCGGAUGGUUCUCAUGGUACCGAGGACGACGACGAAGAGGAAGAGGAAGAUCAAGAUCACAUCCAAAUUUUCGGUCAUCAAUGAGGCGGAUGCAGAUCCUUACGCAUGAACCUAGAUGGUUGAUGAUGGGUUGGUUUAUCGUCCUGGGAAAUGUGACCCACCAGCUCUAUCUUUGCCUUCAUCAAUUAUCCCCGGCCAAACCGUGCAUCGAGCAAUGAACACUGUUCAAUUCUUAACCACAAUCCUACCGGUCUAACCCGAUGCCCAUCCUUGACUGGGUUGCACCGGGAGACAGAAAAGCCCCUUCAAGGCUGAUUUGACAUUUCUGUACUGGGAUGAUAGCUCUCAUUUCGUAUACUCUUACACAUGUGAUGACUACAAAGGUGCCUUUGAUCUGAUGAUUUAUGGUUUGACAUAGUCAACCAAGCAAAGGCCAACUCAACGCAUUUCAGGGAUGUUUCUUUUACAUACAUCAAGCAGCCGGCUUCGCUGCAGCAUAGCGUUCAUUUCUUUUUCAGGGUUCCAAAGCACACUGGUGUCAUGACGCAACGAUAGC